UUCAAAAGUAGAAUCCUGCGCGAGCUACAGUAUAUGCAAUGGCUGACGCGGUUGAUUAUAAACCGAGAUUGUUCUAGAAAAUGACGCUUUCUGAAGCCACGGGAAUUCUGGAAUGAAACAACCGCGAUAAAAUGUGGGUGUGUUGAAAACCACGCACUUUGUGUUCCAAGAGGGGCAAUGUGUGUGUGCGUGCUUUAAAAUCACCAGCGGGAAAUAUCAUGGCAUUAGAAAACCACUCAUUGUGUUGGUCAUUUUAUGAUCCGAAAAUAUAGAUUCCAUCGUUUCAGUUUGUAAACAAAUAUCUUUUUUAGGUUAAAUCUUAAAACGUGCAUAAUCACCUAAAAAAAUAAUGAUAAAGUGAUGAAUAGUCCGAGGACGGGGAGCAGAGCAUGAGAGUCGCUUGUACUGUCCACGAUACCCCUCAGGAAAAUGGAACAGACUCAGAGCGCGCGUCUAAGAGUAAACAUGCGCUUCUAACUGGGAAUCGCUUGAGGUCGAGACGCGACAGCACAGAGCAGUUUCAGUAAUGCUGAGCACACUUGGGGUCAUCGCUACGUACAUAACUUCAUGGACAAAGUGGUAAAAUGAAGAAGACGUGCAGGGAUUUCAGAAUCUUACCUACAGUCGUCUUAUACAGUACCUGACGGCUGAUGAACAAUAUUUCUGAUGUGCAUUAAGACUGGAGAGCGGAACUGCGAGCGAGCGGGUCCGGGCAGAGAGGUGGACUUGCACUGUGAAACGCGCGACCACAAUCGCUCCGACUUCGGGAAGGUCUGGCGACAUCUGUAACCCUCAAGGUGGACGAAUAAGUGAGAGGAAUAAGCUAUUAGUUGUUUAAGUUGAAAAAAAAAACUACGUGUGCAAGAUCCUGCGACUUUUAACCAGAGGUAAACAAUUUAAUGGACUCACUGCACUAACACUUCUAGGACUUUGACUUGGAUAAUGCUGGUACAGACAUUUUCCCCAGAGCCUCAUGCUCACUCCCCGGAGCCUUACUCCCCAGUGUAUUGCAACGAAAAUGGGAAUUAAUGUUUUAUCCUUAAUAUGGCCGCACUUCCUGCUCUUUAAAUUCUCAUCAUUCACCGGAGUUAAUAAUGACCAGGGGCCUGCGGAAUGCAUGCAGACUGACGAUUUGUGCUCACUGACCAUGUGGACUGUUGCCCAGCUGGACUAACGCAGCCCGCAGCACACGGGGCAGGAUGGUGAUGCACGACAGCCCCACUCUUAUCCUCAACAGCCAGCUGUCCCUGGGAGAAGAGCAGGACCUGGCGCCCUGGCAGGGUCUGAAGCCCACCGCGCUCGUGACCGAUGGCCCUUCCGCCGUCGCCUUCAAACCCACUGUCCAGGAGCGGCUGACAGGCUUGGGAAACGGGACUAAUUCCACUGAGCUCAGUGGUGACGUCCUGCUGUACGGGGAUGUGGAGAAGGUGAUUAUCGGGAUCGUGUUGUCCAUCAUCACCCUCACCACCAUCAGCGGAAACUCUCUGGUCAUCAUAUCGGUCUGCAUCGUGAAGAAGCUCCGGCAGCCCUCCAACUACCUGGUGGUGUCGCUGGCCGCUGCAGACCUGUCGGUUGCCCUGGCGGUCAUGCCCUUCGUCAUCAUCACAGACCUGGUGGGCGGGAAGUGGCUCUUCGGAACCUUCUUCUGCAACGUGUUCAUCGCCAUGGACGUCAUGUGCUGCACAGCUUCCAUCAUGACUCUCUGCGUCAUCAGCGUGGACAGGUACCUGGGGAUCACGCGACCCCUGACCUACCCAGUGAGGCAGAACGGCAAGCUGAUGGCCAAGAUGGUAUUCAUCGUGUGGCUCCUGUCAGCCUCCAUCACGCUGCCUCCCCUCUUUGGCUGGGCCACUAAUGUGACAGAGGAGCGUGUGUGCCUCAUCAGCCAGGACUUCGGGUACACUGUCUACUCCACCGCUGUGGCCUUCUACAUCCCCAUGACCGUCAUGCUCAUCAUGUACUACCGCAUCUACAAGGCUGCCAAGGUCAGCGCCGAGAAGCACAAGUUCAUGUGUGUCCCGCGGCAGUAUGCCCACCAGGGGGUGUACAGUACCGAGCAGGAGCCCCAGGUGCGGCCCCAUCGCCGGCUGUCCCGCAGAGAUCGCGUGCUGGAGGAGUGCGCCACACUCUCAAAGCUGUUGCGCCACGACGGGCACAACAUAUCCAUCUUCAAGCGGGAGCAGAAGGCCGCCCGCACCUUGGGCAUCAUCGUGGGGGCCUUCACCUUCUGCUGGCUGCCCUUCUUCCUCCUCUCCACUGCCCGGCCCUUCAUCUGUGGCAUCACCUGCAGCUGCAUUCCCCUGCGACUGGAGCGCACCCUGCUGUGGCUGGGCUAUGCCAACUCCCUCAUCAACCCGCUCAUCUAUGCCUUCUUCAACCGAGACCUGAGGACUACCUUCUGGAACCUCCUGCGCUGCCGGUACCGCAACAUCAACCGCCGGCUGUCUGCUGCCAGCAUGCACGAGGCGCUGAAGGUGAAGGAGAGGCCAGAUGCCAUCCUGUAGCCAUGGGCUAGAGCCAGGGACCAGGCCCCGCGCCCCGCAGCUGGGCACUGCCUUGGCUGGCUUAAAGAGCAUUUUUGCAGGGAAGCUUCAAAUCAUCAUCAUCUCAGCCUAAAGCUCCAGAGCCAGUAUAUCAAGGACCCAGUGGCCGAUGGGCCCCAUGUUUCAGUGGGUGGAAGAGGAAGAAGUGUUGUCUUGGAGUUUGAUCCCUGACCACGGAGAGAGGUAGAUUGAAAUGUCCACUGGAGAAUCCACUGAUUUGUAGCCAUUUGUUAGAAGAAAAUCAAUAACUGGAUACAUGUAAUGUACAUCACACAUGUUGUGGCAUGGCUUACUGUAUCGCAUGGCAGCUGGGUAGUCAUAUUUCUAACAUUUGAAAGGAAGUGGAAAUGCUAUGUGUAUGAAAGCAGAAGGUCCUGGACCUUAAAUGGUAAAUUCCCAGCAGGUCAAAAGAGGCACCGGCAUACUGUAGGUAGUUCUCAAUUCAAACAGUAUUAAAUCCUUAAAUGUCUUGUCUGACCUGAAAGAGAUGAGAAAUCUUUUAAUUUCAUUUGAAGGCUUAGCUGGCCCAGUUGGACUUAUAACAACAAAUCUGUCAUUGUUCUGUUUUUUACUUUGAAAAAUAAUAUAUUUAAUGUACAUUUUACUCACACAACCUACAAAUGCAUAUGGUUUCGAAAGUUCUGCAAACUAAAUAAAUUUUGUUAAUUAAAUUUAAGGUCUUAAACUAAAUCAUCAAGAAACCAAGGAAACAAGCCAGAGAACAAAAUCAACACAUCUUAUGAAUUUAAGUUUUCUAGCAAGUAGUCACAGCAACAGCAACACAGUCACAGAUUCAAUAAGCAGCAGCUGAGCCUGAAUUAUUGGUUACUGUUUACUUUGUAUCUGUCUGUGAAUUUAUGAACUAGUCAACACAAAUGACUCUUUUCAAUAAACUCUCACUAGCAGAUUUUUUAGCAUAACGAAGUUGCAACAGAAAUGGACAUAAGCAAGCAAAAAACAAAUGAAUACAUUUGUGAAUAACAACAUGCUGCAUCAAACUGCUUUUUAAAAUAAGCAGGACCUUGAUUUCAGACCAGACAUGGCAUCUCAGCUGCUCUAGGAGCCUACUGCAAGAUAUUUUGAACCUGUUAAUCUGGAUCUGUGCAGAAGGGAAUUCAUGAGUUUGGGGAAGGGCCAUUUUGGUUGAAUUGCUAACCUUUUUCAAAAAACACCAGGAUGAUAAUCAUAAAAAUGGACCUAUGCUAGAAAUUAGUCAUUUUUUUUCCAGAGCACCUCAGACAGAAUGGCACAAUGCACACAUUGUGGGGAGUAUGGAUAAGAUGCUGAAUUUGUUUCUGUUUACACCCUUUAAAGUGCUAGUACACUUUCCAACAUAACCGGUAGCAAAACAUUGCACUGAACUUUGAAAUUGCGCACAUUAACAUCUUUGCUAUUUAUGACUGCAGGGCAGCUUAGCCUAUUUAUUAACACUUGUAUGUAUUCUAGAAUUACAUAAAAAAAAAACAUUAUCUGCCUGACAUUAUCUCUCUGCUUUUAAUUGUACCUGCAGAUCUCAGAACCUGCAAAUAAAGUAUUACUAUCUAAAGUAUGUCAUUCAGUCUUGUGUGCCUUGUUCAAUGUAACCUUGAAUAAUAUGAGUAUGACCUUAUCAAGUGAAAGCUGGUGUUUCUCUGUACUACGAAUUCAGAUGAAUUCAAUAAGUAAAUAUAGUUUGCUUAGGGCACCGACACCCCCUAUAUGUACAGUUUGGUGCAGCUAUCUGCUCCAUUCUGACCUGAGAUGACCUUGGCUUUCUCUGUGAUAGUCUGUAAAUUCUGGAUAUUCCACCAUGGAGCAACCUUCUGCACCUUGCAGUGUACUGUUUGGCAUCUCAACCUACUUGUCCCCUGGUCCAUGUUGUUGUGAUUCUUUCUGACACAUUGAUGCACCAACUCCAGGGUGGAUCUGCACCUUCAGUAUGAUUGCAACAUUCAUAAGGGUGGAGCAUCUUUACAGAAGGUAUGCAUCCAGGGAAUAUGUUCCUAUUUCUAUUUUCUCUAACUGCUGCUGUAGUAACUCCACUACUGUAAGAACACCUACUGAAGGAUCAUGCUACCAGCCCCAUUUCGGUGUGGGAUGCUGCUGCUCUGCCCACUGUGCACAGAUCACAGGAUCUCUCUGUUAUUCUGAUGCAUCUGCAAGGCCUACUACUAUUGUCCAAGCCCUCCCAACCUUCCAUGUAGAAAGUUAACAUGUUUAGGGGGUUACUACACAAUGUGACACAAAUCAUUAAAUUAUUAAUAUGUCACCCAUUCUAUUUGUUAUUAUUAAUUUCUUGUGUAGUUUGUAUUCUUAAGUAGACACUGUCAUGAGAAUGCUCCCUGAUGAGAGCUCUGCAGCUACUGUAGGACAUUACUGUACAAAACAUUUCAAUUUCACCUCCCAGGACAGAUCUCCCUUUCUCUACACAGCAUGUAAUCUAGUUUCUCUUGGUUACUAAUGUUCUGUUCUCUUCAGAGUAAUUGAAUAAUUAGCUUUUCUAUUAUCAGGAAAUGGCUAGUUAGAAGUACAAAUGUACAUUAAUGGGAGGGGCACAAUGGAUGAUUAAAAAUAACGUUUUAGACAUUGUGGUUAUUGUGUUUUA